AUGCCGGUCAUCUUAAAGCACGGCAGCAAGAGCGUGAUCGCCUCCCAUGGAUCCGUGGGUCAGUUCAGUCGCACUGAAUCUGCCGGAGGGUUUUCCAGAGGGACUGCCAAUCGUAUUUCUAGUGCCGGUUCUAAUCUUCUGGAUCGAGUGCGUAAAAGGUCAGUCCAGCCAACCCUUAGGCUCUCACAGAAACUCCGGAAUCCCAAGCAAUGGAUCCGAGAGUUUAAGAAGUUUUACCGAAAAUUCUACCUCAAAUAUUUGUUACCCUUAAUAUUCAUUAUUUUCUACAUGUUUCUUGGCGCUUUACUAUUUUAUUGGCUGGAAAGUGGAGCCGAAGAGGAUCGCAUCGCAACUCGGUAAGUAACAUUACCCAAAAAACUAUAUUUUGUGAAUAACAUGCUCUUUGUAAUCCCAUUUGUCACCUUUGAGAAGUGCGGCUAAUUGGAUUCUUUUACUUCCUUAUUUUCAGCCGCCGAGAGUUCGAUCGGGAAGUGGAAUUGUUUGUGAAGAGACUGGACGAAAUCUCAAUCGACCGGUCGAUAUCCUCGAAGAAUGCAAAACGUCGAUUUGUUCAAGAAGCCAUUAAUCAUUUCCAUGAACAACUCGAGAUCGAUCCUCUGAUCCAGCCAGAAUGGAGUCUGACGACGGCCAUGUACUUCUCCGGAACUAUUUUCACUACCAUUGGUAUGUUAAAACAUUCUUCAAGGACUUCACGUGGCCAAGAAAAUGCCGGCACCUGUCUUUAAAUAACCGAAGCUUUUGGGAUUAUGUGCAAACUCAUUCGGGAGUGAUGUAUGACAUAAAGAAAGGACCCUCCUGUUGUUAGCUUGAGGAAUUGGUUUUUCUUGAAAUGACCACCCGAACUUCACCUAGACUUGUUGAAAAAAGAAGGGGUGAUUAAUUCAAGAAGGUCGAAAUAAUCCAUGACAUCCCGUCUAUAAGCCACAAAAUUUGAUUGAACAUUGUUUUAGGAUUUGGAGACAUUGUUUGCAAAACAGCAGCCGGAAGAUUGAUGACAGUGGUGUACUCCAUCGUGGGUAUCCCGGCUAUGUUAAUGACACUAAACGAUCUCGGAAAGUUCUUGUAUAAUAGUAUCCAGGACUUCCUUGCCUAUUACGAUCGAUGUCUAAACAAAUUGAAGGCAAGAAUAAAAAAGGAGGGACCGCCAAAGGAUGACCUCAAUACCCUCGAACGAGGAACCCUCCCGAGCUUGGGUAGUGAACAUAACGAACCAAUAAACCACGUCAGUUUCAACCUCCAACCAGGUCCUGAUGAACUCACCUUGGAUAUGGAAGCGGGAGGGGAUAUGGAAAGUAUCCAAAGAAUGCAAUCUCUCGAUGACCGCCUUACUAUCGACAGUCAAGCCAAUGCUCCCACAUUUCCUAGACUAGAAACAAACACUUCUAUCGACGCCCUCAGUGGAGAAUACACAGCCGAAGAUGAAUUGUUACCUCAAGCCGGAGCCCCUCCCAGAAUGCCCGUACUGGUCGCCAUAGGAAUUACUGUAGGAUGGAUCUUCUUCUGUGCGGCGCUAUUUAUGAUGUGGGAGAACUGGACUUAUGGAGAGAGCUGUUACUUUAUGUUUAUCAGUAUGUCUACCAUUGGGUUGGGAGAUGUAAAAGUAGAUCGAAAAGAGUAAGCACAAUUCUAUAGAGCCAGCCCAAAAUAAAUUUCCAUCUUUAGCUUAAUGGUGGUCUGUUUUGUGUUUGUAAUCAUCGGUCUUUCCUUGGUCAGCAUGUGUAUUGCCGUAAUCCAAGCGGCGCUGGAAGAUCUCUAUAAAAAAUUGUUGAUGAAAUUGCUAAUGGAGUACCAGGCAAAACUGGCAGCCGGAGACCACAAAGGAGCUUCCAUGGGAAUGAUGAAAAUGUGGGGCAACAGCAAAGCAGCCAAAUAUUUAAUGCCGAUGAUCAGUUCCGAAGCUAAACGAAGUGUAAUGCAGAGAAUUCAGGAAGAGGCAAAAGAAAGUGGCAUUGAGAUACCACCCAUAUUCGAAAACAUGGAUGAGAAGUCAGGAAUGCCCAAGAUUCUAGUCGUGGCCGAACAAAUGGCCAAAGACAACAUAGAAGUCGACGAAGUUAUUGUCAACGAAAUCGUCAGAGAAUCUGAUCCUACGAGGCAGAGCAUCCCCAGCAAGUUCGGAAAUAUGGUCACAUACGAUGGCUCCACACAGACUGAGCCUAUCGUAACGUAAGUUUAAAUGUGAGCUUCAAUUCAACGUCUUACAGAGAUGACAAAGUCGGCCAAACAAUUGAUCCUCAACUGGACAAUUUAGCUGUUCAGACAGAUCCCGAAAAGGAAAUCGAUUUAAACGACGAGGGAAUUCAGACAGAUUAUCUUUCUUCCAAUUCAGAUGAAACGCAAACAUCAACCACCGAGACCAAGGAAGUGGAGACAUUCACCAAUUCCUACUCGCUCGAGGUAACCCAAUUCACUGUAGAAACACACUUUUAGUCAAACGAGACCCAAACAGAGACCAUAACAACAAGUGAACAGGAGUUACAAACCCAUGUUGUUGACAUGAUCGAGGACGAAAUUCAAACAGACAUCUUGGAAACCAAAAACGAGAGAAUUCAGACGCCGUACCCAGAAACUUCAACCAAUGAAACACAGACAGAUGAAGGAGUAAGUCACCAAGUUAUACAGGGUUCAGAGAAAUCUGCCGAAAAAUUUUUUUAAAGGUUUUGCCAAUCCUCUAAAAAAUUUUUUUGGGUGAAAGAGAUUUUAAACAUGCUUUACGAGAGUCAAUUUAGCUGUACACAAAAAACAAAAUGUUACAGUAGAGACGUGAAAAACUACCUACCAUAAAUAGGCCGUUAGUCGUAUAUUAAAAUGGGGAGGUCAGAUUUUAAAUUUUGGGCUACUGUAGAUAUACUGUAACAUUUUUAGAUUUUUCGUUUCUCAGCAGUCCAUCGGGCAACUAAUCAAGGAGAUCCAAAAAUAAAAAAAGAUACCAUUUUAAAAUGGGUUGACAUUGAUUUUGAAAAAUCAGUACCAAAAAAGCUCGAAAAUUUGGGAAAAUCCAUUGCAGAUUUUGUUUUCAAUGACGCUGAUUUCGAAAAUCGUAUCCAUUUUUUCUGAAUUUUACAAUUUUGCUUAAGCAGUAGGGUCUAAUGUUUGGUUGUAAAGACGAAAAAAGCGUUAGAAGUUUUCUCGCAAGAUCAUAAAAGUUUGACCAAGUUUUUACCAAUUAAUUCCGUCCUUCGUGGUUUUCGAUGGUGCCGAUUUCAAAAAUCAUGUUAAUGUUUUCUGAUUUUUAUUUUUUUUUCAUUUUAAGACUGUUGACGUAUGUUGAAGUGCAUUGUCAAUUCGGCAAAAGGAUUACAGAUUUUCUAAGGAAGACCUUUAGCGAAAAUCUCAGAACAUGGCUAAGAAACGUAAAACUCACAUUUGUCCGCCAAGGCGGAUAACAUCAUAAAGCCGCCUAUUUCUUGGUCUUAUUUCACCAGAAAUAAGAAUUUUUUGAAUAUCUUGAUUGAGCGCAACGAAAUCGACAAAAACUUUCAGGGAAAUUUCUCUGAACACCCUGUACAAAUUGACUAAAUCGUUUCUUACAGCUGGCAUUAGAUUCAAUAAAGUCGCCAUCAAAGAUUUCCAAAGCCAAAAGGCGUCUUCGAAAGGCCUUCGCCAGAAGUACGCCGAGUAAAUCGGCAGAACCGGAGAUGAGCGACUGGAAGGAUGUUUCCGGGGAAGAAGUCACCGACCCAGAAGAAGGUCGGUCAUCGCCCGAAAGUCUUGAUUGGGAUCCCAUCGACGGAAUGCAUGCAGAAAGACAACGACCUGUCAAGGACCUUAAGAAAAUGUUUGACAAGUCCAAGAAAAAAUAA